AUUGUUUUUAUAACUAAAUGGAAGAAAUAAUUUUAAAUUCUGUCGUCAUUGAAAAUAAUGAAUUUUCCGAAGAAUUUUCACACGAAUCAGCUCUACUAGAUGUACUAGGAGAGUUAAAAUAUAUUUAUAUAUAUUCAAUAUAUUUAUCGAACAUGGAAUAACAUGUGAAAGCCUUAAAUAUAUUAAUGAAAAACACUUACAAGACAUUUGUCCAAAAGCCUGUUAUGGUCAACGAAUAAUAUUUGAGCACCAUUUAAAAAAGUGGCAGGCAAACUUUGUUAGUGAAAAAUCUAGUACCACUAGUGCUAGUAAAGAUAAUGCAUCAGAACCUUUAUCUGAUUCACAAAUGUCUGAAUACUCUACUACAAGUUCAAAUAAUAGUUGUCCCAUUUCUUUUAUGAACCAAAUAAAUAUAGAAGAAAUAUUAAAUUCAUCUGGUAAAGGAAAUUUGAUAAUGUCAUUUUAUAAAAAAAAUUUAAAGCUUAGUGAUGAAUUAAGAAAAAUGUUGACUGAAAUAAUUACUGAAUAUAUUAUACAGCAUAAAAUAUAUGGUUCUCCUAAGAUCAUUAAUAAUAUUUCUGAUAGUAUCAUUAAUAUGUUUAAAUCUGAAGUUAAGGAAACAUACUUCAUUAGUGUGCCUGCACAAAAACCAAAGGGAAUAUUGUACCAAAAAUAUCAUAAUACAUUGACAAAAUUACGCAAACACAAAUUGUGGUCUCCCAUAAAAAAAGUAAAAAAAAGUUCUGAUAGUAACUUAGAGCAAACAUCUAUACUACAUAGGGCAACUAUAAAUAAUGAAUGUUUAAUUAAAGUAAAAAAAUGGCUUCAGUUUAACAUUGAGCCUAUGAAUGAAGUAAUUAUUAAAUGGGAAGAGACUUGUGAAAUUCGUAGAGAAUAUUUGUUGUCUCCAAGUAUUAACAUUAAUAAUAUUCUCGAAGAAUGGCCUAUGUACAAACAGUCAUUUGGUCACAGCUUGAUUGUUAUUGAUUUUGAAUAUAUAUAUACUUCAAAAGGAAAUUCAUUGUUUGUUAAUUGGGAUCAAUUUAUUAUUAAGAUCAUUCCGUUAAUGAUAAAUAAAAUAAAGGAUGGAAACAGCAAAUUAUUACUUAAACGUUUAAUAGAAAUAAACGAAACUGAUAUUGAAACCAGAAAUCUUUUAGUUUUAGAUCUAAUGAAUGCUUUAUUAGUUCCAACUUCCAGAUCCUAUGAAAUAGAUUCAGUUACAAAUAAGAGACGCAUUGUAAAAACAUCUAUUUCUGAUGCUAGAAAUUCGUUUUUAUUAAAAGUGGCUUCAAUGAAUGAUCUACAUGUUCAAAUUCAAUUAAAAAUUGAUAUCGCUUACAAAAAAAAAGAAAAAAUACAACCAUUCAUCUGUGUUGCUGAAACUAAUUUUGAUGAUAUCUUUAUUGAACUUCAUCAAUUCAUUGCACAUUUGAAGUAUGUUCAUUCAUUAACAUCAUCAAGUUUUUACCGUUGUGGCAUACCACAUUGUUCACAGACUUUCUCAACUUAUCGUUCAUUUUCUAAACACAUGAAAUCUGAAGUUCUUAAUAAUCAAAAUUCUAAUUGUAACAAUCCAAUAUGGUUAUUCUUGAUAAAUUUUAUUGAAAUGAUUGAUUUAUUGUUAUUGUCAAAUUUUAAUGAUCAAAUUAUUUUAAAUGUACAAAAUCAUAUCACAUAUCACAAUAAUAAAUAUGUAGAAUUAUUUCAAGACAAAUUAAAACCUAAACAUCAUUUUCUUAUCCACUACUGUAAUAUAAUAAGAAAAUCAGGCCCCUUAAAAUUUUUAUGGUGUUAUCGGUUUGAAUCUAAACAUAGACAACUUAAAGCAUACUCUAAAAACAUAACUUCAAGAGUUCAACUUCCUAUAUCUUUGGCUAUAAAAUACUCCAUUCAUUUUUCAGAUUAUAAUUUAAAUUUAAAAAAUAGUUCUUGUAUCUCGGCAAACUUAGGCUUACCACUAAAUUAUGUGAAUAUUUUGAAAAGAUUAAAAUUUUAUUUUCUCCCAAUGAUUUAUCUGUACUUAAUUUGGCACAUUGUUAUGACCAAAUAAUAUACAACAAUAUAGUUUAUAAAACCAGUCAUAUACUAACAUCUUUAAAUAACAAUCAUUUAUUGGUAUAUAAAUUGAAAAAAAUUAUUUGUUUUGAUGAGAAAGUUCUUUUUUUAUGUAUAACAUUAAAUGUACUAUCUUAUAAUAAACAUUUUGUAAGCUAUGUUGUUUCGAAUGUUGAUACUGAUAAUCUCUAUGUAUUAAAAGAUAUUAAUGAUUUCUCAGGUCCACCAAUUUGUUUAUAUCAUCUUAAUGAUAAAAAAACAGUUAUAAGAUUAAAACAUUUUUAAAGAUUUAUGGAUUUUGUAUUUUAAUAUAUAUAUAUAUACUUAUAUAUGUUUAUUAUUAUUUUUAAUUAUAUUUGAUGUUUUAAUAUAAUGUUAAUUUGAUAGAAAC